AUGCCUACGUUCCAAUCCAAGACUUUCCGACGAGCGACCACCGCAUCCUCAUCCUUGGGGGAGCGUCUGGGUGCUCUCUAUCGAGCUCGGCUGACCCGAUACCCAUUCCUUCUCUUCGGACUACCUUUUAUUGCUGUCAUCGUUGCCGGAUCCUUCGUUCUCACCCCUGCGGCUGCCCUUCGCUAUGAGCGAUAUGACCGCAAGGUCCAACAAGUGAGCAAAGAGGAGGCUUUUGAACUCGGUUUGAAGGGGCCCGACGGAGAGGAAGGAAUUAAGCGCAAUCCUCGUCGUCGCGUUAUUGGUGACGAGCGCGAGGAGUACUACCGACUGAUGGCGAAGGACUUGGACAACUGGGAACAAAAGCGAGUAAAGCGAUUCGAGGGUGAGCCCGACGGCCGACUGUGA